AUGAUUCACUCAGUUACGGAUACAUAUCCAGAUCCAACGAAAUUAACUACAAUGAUAUCUAUAACAAGUAAUAACCAAACAGUACAACCGUCAUAUGACUCAAAUAAUGUAUCGCCAGAUAGUGUUAGCGAUGAUGGUUCAUCUGAAGAUACAUUUAAUGCUAGAAAACGCAGAAGAAUACCCAUACCUGGGAAGGGGAUUUAUCUUGACUUAAAAGAUAGACUCCCGCUUUACAAGAAAGACUGGUUAGACUCGUGGGAUUAUCGUGUUAUUCCAGCUGUGAUUGAAACCUUUUUUAAUAAUCUUUUACCUGCAUUGGCCUUCGCUCAAGAUAUGUUUGACAGGACCAAUAACGCAUAUGGUGUGAAUGAAGUUCUACUCUCGAGUGCAAUGGCAGGCAUAGUGUUUGGAAUAUUAUCUGGGCAACCGUUAUGUAUUGUUGGCGUUACAGGUCCUAUUUCCAUUUUUAAUUAUACUGUGUAUGAUAUUAUAAAACCAUUAGACAUUGACUAUUUUGGGUUUAUGUUUUGGGUUUGCAUCUGGUCAAUGAUAUUUCACUUCAUUAUUGCAUUGACUAAUCUAGUAGGUCUACUACAAUUUGUAACCACCUUCCCAUGUGAUAUAUUUGGGUUGUUUAUUAAUAUAGUGUAUCUCCAAAAGGGAAUCCAGAUAUUGAAACGACAAUUUACUGUGGAAGGUGAAGAAAAUCUAUCAUCCGGCUUCGCAAGCAUUGUCGUUGCUUUAUUAAUGAUGAUAUUCGGGGUAUUAUUCAAACAAUUUACUAGAACUCCAUUUUUAAACCAUACAUUGAGGACAUUUAUAUCAGAUUAUUCUACAGCACUUUCUGUUCUAUUUUGGUCUGCUUUUACGCAUUUUGGGGGUUAUCUAAACGACAUACAUUUUGCAAAAUUACCCAUCACAAAGUCGUUUUACCCAACAUCUAAAACAAUGAGAGAUCCAUCAACUUGGUUAGCAUAUCAUUCAAUAAGUACUGGAGAUGUUUUUAUUGCAUUACCCUUUGGUAUCAUCCUAACAAUUUUAUUUUAUUUUGAUCAUAAUGUUUCUUCACUAAUGGCACAACGUCAUCAAUAUAAACUUACAAAGCCUUCUUCAUUUCAUUAUGAUUUUCUAUUAUUAGGGAUCACAACUGGUGUGUCUGGUGUCCUAGGGAUACCUGCGCCUAAUGGGUUAAUCCCUCAAGCACCUCUUCAUACUGAAUCACUUUUAGUGAGAGAUAUCGAUGGAAGUGUGAUACGAUGUGUGGAACAAAGAUUCACAAAUACGGUUCAGGGUUUAUUAUUAUUGGGAACAAUGUCAAGACCUUUGUUGAUAUGUUUACACCAGAUUCCACAAGCUGUGUUGUCGGGAUUAUUUUUCAUUAUGGGUAUUGGUGGAUUAAGUGAAAAUGUUAUUAUAUCAAGAAUCAUGUGGCUAUUUACAGAUCCCAAGAGGAAAGAUCCAUCAGCACCUUUGUUUAAUAUUCGAAUUAAAACAUUAAUCAUAUUUCUCGCUUUCAGUCUCGCAGGAUUUGUUGGAGAGUUUGCAAUCACAGAUACAAUUGCUGCAAUUGGUUUUCCUUUGGUGUUGUUAUUAACGGUAAUAGUAUCGUUUGUGUUCCCAUAUAUAUUUACUAAACAAGAACUUGAGAUUCUUGAUCCACAUGUUGCGAAACGGUUCACGAUUAAAAAUCUACUCUUAGAGAAUUUAUGUGAUGAUAAUCACCAUAUUAAGUCUAAAAAUUCUGAUUCACAAUAG